GUUUUGUAUUGCAGUAGAUAAGUCGGAGCCUAGAGAGCUGAUAACUCGUUUGUUUUGAGCAUGAAGAUGUUUUGCAGCACUUGCGAGGCGGUGUUUGGUUUGGGUGGGUGAGCGGUGCGGCCGCUCGUUCGGUGUUUGGUUUGGGUGGGUGAGCGGUGCGGCCGCUCGUUCGGUGUUUGGUUUGGGUGGGUGAGCGGUGCGGCCGCUCAUUCGGUGUUUGGUUUGGGUGGGUGAGCGGUGCGGCCGCUCGUUCAGUGUUUGGUUUGGGUGGGUGAGCGGUGCGGCCGCUCGUUCAGCGCAGUUGAAGGCUGGGAAGAGGGGAAGCUGGAGUGCGGAGCCAGCAGUGGCACGUCCGGGCGGGCGCCGGGGAGCCUGUCGGGGUGCGCAGAGCCGGCCCCGGGGAAGCGCACGGAGUUACGGUGGAACUGGAGCCGGGCGAGGUCACCGGGCUCAUUGCGCCGGGACUGUCCCCAGGGAAAGCCCCAUUGCCGUGUGGGGCGCAGGGUGCUGUGCGCAGGCCUGGAGUGGUGGAGGUGGCUGAUCUUUGUUAAUGAGAUGUGAUGCUUUCCAUCUUUAAACAGUUGGUGAGCCUGGGAUUGAUGAGAUUCCCUUAAGUUCUCAGUGCCUUCCUCCCGAGCGGGCAUGGUACGGCUGGGUCAGUGCUGGCCCCUCUAGCGCCGCGAUAAACGCGUCCCACGUUGUGCCGGUUCGGCGUUGGUCUCCUCGUGCAGCUCUGAGCGCGCCCUCAGCGCCGGGUGCGCUCACCAGGAACGUUGUUCCACGGUCGUACCAACAGCCUGGCUGACGCGGCUUUUCUUCCUGAAAGGGCUUUUACUUCUUCUUCCUGUGUCAUGGAGGCAGCUGGUUUUUCCCGUUUUACUGAAGUUUUGAUCACUUGCCCAGUUUUAUUUCCUCCGAUCUUAUUUUUGGUUCAUCCUCAGACACAAUCUCACCGCUGAAGCUCCUGCCUCUGUCUCCCUUGAAAGUUCUCUUGUGUUUGGAAGUCACUGACCUCUCUUACUAGCCAUGGACCUUUUUCCAAGUAAACGUGCCCUUUGGCUCCUGAGAAAAGAAGAUGUAAUGUGAGGAGAGAUGUUGUAUCACAGAGGGGUUGGUUUGUAUUGGAGAAGGUCUUCCCAUGGAAGAUGGAAAUCCUGUUAAAUGACCUGUCCAGAACCUGCCCAGCCCAGGCUCUGGGAAGAUUCUGGGUGAGGAGCAGAUCCGCAUUGGCCAGAAUACAGGGGGAGUUUCGAAGUCUAAUUUCUGUCCUGCCAUAGUUGCUUAGAUUAUGUAUUUGUGUUCCAAAUUAAACCAGAAGGUCUCCGUGUCGUCCUUUGCUGUUCCCCUCAUGGAGUCAAGAGCCUCGUCUGCAGCCGCUGGUAUCGCUUGUGUGCUCCGACGGCGCCGACACGCUGCCCUUCCCGCUGUGCGCGUCUGGGGUCUGUCCGUCCGCUGCAGCCGGGGCGCGCGUUGCAGCCCGUACGGCGCUUGCUUCUGCCCAUAGAUGCUGCGUGUCAUUAAGUAAAAUCAAGGUCACUGGUGCACCGCUAAUUAGUUCUCAUGACUCUGCAGUGACGAUUCCACAAAGGGUUUCUGGUUCGGCUUUUGUCGUGGUGAUCCCGGCAAGCUCAAAAGGAACGCUGCCGUUUGAGUUUAGCGGCUUAGUGCUACGUGACUUCUGAUCCAGUUGAAAAUGAAGAAGUGCAAAUAUCCCACACUGUCAGUUUUCAAAGAGCUACCGUUUCCAUUGAGGUUUCCCGAAGGCAGCAGUCCGUGCUGCCAGAAAUGCUCCUGCUGGUCGUGUGGAUGGCGCGAGCCUGCCAGCCAAACCUCUGAGCCGCUGCCCUGCGUUUGCCACGCCUGGCACUGACCACCGAGCUCCUUUCAAGUAAUGAGGAACUCCCGAGCUCAAGGCACACCGCCUCCGUUUUCCUCCUGUUUACCAAGAAUCUGUCUCCAGACAAAAUCAACCUGAGCACGCUGAAGGGUCAGGGGCAGCUGACCAACCUGGAGCUGGACGAGGAGGUGCUGCAGAAUGUCCUGGAGCUGCCCACCUGGCUGGCCAUCACCCGCGUCUACUGCAACAAGGCGUCUAUCCGGAUCCAGUGGACGAAGCUGAAGACGCACCCGAUCUGCCUGUACCUGGAUAAAGUGGAGGUGGAGAUGCGAACGUGCGAAGAGCCUCGGCCGCCCAACGGACAGUCUCCCAUUGCUCUUGCCGCCGGUCAGAGUGAAUACGGCUUUGCUGAGAAGGUCGUGGAGGGGAUGUUUAUCGUUGUCAACUCCAUCACCAUCAAGAUUCACUCCAAGGCCUUUCACGCUUCUUUUGAGCUCUGGCAGCUCCAAGGCUACAGCGUCAACCCGAACUGGCAGCAGAGCGAUCUGCGGCUCACGCGCAUCACCGACCCGCAGCGCGGAGAGGUUUUGACGUUCAAAGAGCUCACCUGGCAGACACUGCGGAUAGAAGCAGAUGCCACUGACAACGGCGACCAGGAUCCUGUCACUACCCCUCUGAGGCUCAUUACCAACCAGGGGAGGAUCCAGAUCUCCCUCAAGAGGAGGACCAGAGAUUGCAAUGUGAUGGCGUCCAAGCUGAUGUUUCUCCUGGACGACCUGCUCUGGGUGCUGACAGACUCUCAGCUGAAGGCCAUGAUGAAAUACGCAGAGUCGCUGAGCGAAGCCAUGGAGAAGUCUGCCCAGCAGAGGAAGAGCUUGGCUCCGGAGUCUGUGCAGAUCACACCGCCCGCCCCGAGCACCCCGCAGUCCUGGUCUCAGCCGUUCGGGGUCAGCGCCAGCGCAAGUAGCAUCGGUCAAUACUUCGAUAAGCACGACAUGAAAGAGUCAUCGUACCACCUCCUCAUCUCCCGGCUGGACCUGCACGUCUGCGACGACAGCCACGCUCGGGACUCAGGAGCGCUGAAGCACGGGAUGCUGGGCGGCGCCAUGCAGCUGACCUUCAGGAGGAUGGCGUUCGACUACUACCCUUUCCACAGGGCAGGAGACGCCUGCAAGCACUGGGUGAGGUACAGCGAAGCAAUGGAAACACGGGGCCAGUGGGCAAAGAAGUUGGUCAGUGAAUUUCAAAGCAAGAUUGAGAAGCUUUAUGAAGAAAUGGACCCUGCGUUCGCCAGGACUCCACUUUCCCCAUUCAAAAGGAAACCAGAUGCUUCCUCGAGUCCUCAUAGCAGUCCCUUGGAGAGGGGCCGGGAACCUCCCACGAGUUUGCCGCGGCUCCGGCACCCGCCCUGGCACCGGCUCCGGUCCAGCUGCGUGGUCGUUCGAGUGGAUGACUUGGAUGUUCACCAGGUCUCUACGGCUGGUCAGCAGAGCAAGAAACCCUCCCCCUUGCUCUCCUGUAGCAGAAAAUUCCUCAAGUGUCCGGAUCAGGUCUCUGCCAUCCACAUCGAAUUCACAGAGUAUUACUUCCCAGACAAUCAGGACUUUCCAGUUCCCUGCCCAAACCUGUAUGCACAGCUGAACGGCCUGAUGCUUACCCUGGACACAGCGAGCGUGCUCUGGAUAAAUCUCUUCUGUCUGGAUCUUUAUCGCAGCUUGGAGCAGUUCAAAGCCAUCUACAAGCUGGAGGACUCAGGCAAGCGUGAUGAGCAUGUUGAUGUUCGACUGGAUGGCUUUCGGCUGAAGCUUAACAUCCCCGUGGAGAAGAAAGUCGCCGACCAUCCAGAUCGUCCACAGAGCCUCUGCGUUUGCGCGUCGGAGGUGACUGCCACCAACACGCGCCACGCUCCCUUCUGCGCCUGCCAGGACCUCCAGGGCCUCUUCCGUCGUUUUGCCAGUUCAGAAUUCUUCCACUCCAGCUACACCAAGUUCCCACGGGCUCAGGACAACUUCAGCCUCCUCCACACCCUCUUCUUGCGCCACGCGUACGAGGUGGACGGCAGGCCUCGGAAGCGGCCGGGCUCUCCCCGGCUGUUGCACAAAACCGCUGCCUCUGAAGAUCUGUGGUCGGUGAAUUUCACCGAGCUUUCCCUGGACUUUGAGGGGGCUGAAAGCUCAAAGGGCAGAGCCCUGAGCUUUAUUGACCCGUUUCCUCUUUCAGUUUGGGCCUGCCUUCCCAAGAGGUGGGGGCAAGCGCAGAUAGCUAAACGACAGGAACUGGUUGCCUCUGAAUUGAAAAUGAAGCCUUCUGCCAGCUUCAGCCAUCACUCCGAGCAUGAGAGCCUUUCCAGAGAGCAAGGGCUUUGUCAAAGGUCAAAGACUGACCAGGAUCUGAAGAACAUCUCCAAGGUCCCAGACACAAUGGAUGUCUUGGGAGAAUCUGACUAUGAAAUUAGUGAUGGAGUAGAUGACAAAGAGCUGGAAACCUCUGCUGAUAUCCAUGUGCUUGUGUCCUCAUCUGUUCACGUCAAAGUUCGGCUCAACCACUACCAGUACUUGGUGCUGCUCAGGAUGAGGGAAGUUCUGCAGACGCUGCAGGAGCAGUUGGCCCAGGAUACCCAGGAGGUGACCGGGUGUCCUGUGGACCCUGUGUCCGCGUGUGUAGGAGCGAUGUUCCACAGUGCCGAAGUGGCCCUGCUCAUGAACCCCACACCAGGCACCGUCUUGGAACCCAGAUCCCUUGACUCAGACACAACGAGCCUGAUCGAGUCGGAGCUCUCGCCUUCAGACAGCAAGGAGGGGCUGGCGGCCGAAGAGAAGGAGCUGAGGUCAGAGAGCAGUUUGGAGAAGGGGGUGCGCAGUGCCUCGGAGCUCCCGGAGGACAGCGGGGCUGAAAAUGCGGGUACUGGUGUGACCAGUGCCCCGCCGGCGGGGCUCCCGAGGUCCGCGAGCGACGGAGCUCUGAGUACCGCUCCACGGAGCCAGAGCGCAGAGGAGAAAGCUUUGGUCGAGGAGGCACGCGAAGCUGUGGAAGCCCUGGCUGCAGAGGGACCAGCGGAGCCCAGCAGCCGUCCCCACAGCCCUCCCGCCCUCCCUUCCAGCCCAGCCUCGGACACGCAGCCCUCGGGGAGAGGAAGCGUCACUCUCAGUGCUCAAGCAGAGCUCAUCCCUUUGAAGAACAUCGAGGUGGAGCUGUCUAGUGCGCUGCAUAUCACCAAGGAUGCCACGAAGGAGGCUCUGCACGUGACCAUGGACCUCACCAAAGAAGCCAUGUCUAUCACAAAGGACGCUCUGAGCCUGAGCCGGGAGAAGAUGACCUCCACCGUGCAGAAGAUGCUCUCUCUGCCCCCCACCAGGGAUUCUGUGCCCAAAGCGGAGGAGGGCGCGGUGACUCCGGGCGGGGGGAGCAGCCGGCUGCGUUUCUUCUCCAUGAAGAGGACGGCGUCCCAGCACUCCUUCGACACCACGUCCGUGGACGGGAGCGGCCCCGAGGACGGGCUGUCUGUGGACAGCGAUGGCAGCGACGGCUUCGUGAUGCUCACAGACUCUGAACCCAGCCUGGAACCUCUUCCCUCAGGGCACCUUCCUCAUGUCCACGACGACACGGGCAGCAGAGCGAGCCUGGCGGCGGGGGACGAGGGUGGCGUGUCUCCCGAAAUGAACAGCUCCACGUCGCAGAGCGAAGACCCCAGCGCCCCGCUGGUGUCUGUCCUCGUGCUGAAGAUGAAUGAGGUGAACUGUGGAAUAGAAGCACGAGGUGAUGAUUUAUCUGUUGCUUUACAAGUCAUGAACGUGGUUCCAGAGCAGCUGAGCAACGUGGGGAUGUGGCAGUAUCUGCGUGGCUAUCUGGCUCUGGGAGGUGCGGGUUUGGAGGAGCCGCCGGUGCCCGGGGCGGGAAGGGCCCCGCCGGCCGUGUGCCUGCGGCUCAGCGCGGGACCCGGCGCUGCCGCGCACUCGCCCCUGGCCGCGCAGAACGGCUUCCUCCGGAUGCUGGUGCACAGCUACAUGGCAGAGCUCUCCAUGGCCUUCCUGACCAACCUGGGCCCCUUUCUGGAGGAUGAAACAAUCCCAGAGGUGAUCCCCAUGGAGAUAGAAGUUGUGGAUGCCAAAAUCACCUUGAAGGAUGACAGCCCGCGGGUGUACCCCACCUCCCCCGGCCCCGUUCCCAUCACCGUGGCACUAGAUCACGUCAUUGUGGAGCGCAGGGAUGACGGAGUUUUCUACGUAACAGCUCCGCGCGGGGAGGGCUCAGCGCAGCGGCACGAACCCACGGCAGCGCCGCAGCAGCAGGAGGAGCCUGUGCCGGGAGCACGGGGGCUGCAGUUAAAGGACGUGCCAGAGUUGCAAAGGGAGCUUCAGACCAUGAAAAUAGCGCUUGCAGAAGCCAACAUGGACAAGACUCGCCUUCUGCAGGAGAUUAGGAAAUACAAUCCCCUGUUCCAGCUCUGACGGUGAAGGCGCAGCCGCAGCUCGGGACAGCCCAGCACCAGCACCGCGGCGGCCAGCUGGAUCCUAUCGCUGCUAACGGGUCAGCCUCCUGCAGCCCGAUCCCCUCGGAGAACGGAAACCAGCAGUGACCCCAAUGAACUCGAAGGAGGGAGAAGGCAGGGCUGGCGGGGCAGCGCGGAGCGGUCUGUUCACCAGGGCGGGCUCGGCCGCAGACCCGGCUCAGUUGUCUCCGUGCCCGCGGGCGGUGCCGACGGCUGCUUCCAGCUCUCACCUUCCCCUGUAUCAUCUGGAGAUGGUCAGUGUUGUGUUUGUGCUGCUUUCAGCUUCCUCGUUGGGAAGGAAGCUGCUUAAGCCACAGAACGAGAUGACCUGGGUGUGUUCUCUUUGGGGUGCGCGCCGUCCCACACCAUUGCACGCCGGUUUCACCAGUGGAGGGGGAGAGCAGUGCUGGCCGCGCAGGACGGAGCCGUCUGCGUUCUGCACAGCCACGUGGUUUUGUUUGUAUUAGCACCGAGUUCCUGCCUGGUCUCAACCGUCUUUUACCGGGGAUGCUUAUGUGAGGUCAGGAGAAGGUGCUGCCGCCGUCAGCCGCUCGCGGUGGGCGUGAGCUGGGGCUGAGCGCGGUUUGUGUUCUCACCUAUUCGGGAGCUGCUUCCCCGGGGAGGAAGAACUCUGUGCUCAGUGACUGGCGUGAUCUAUAAAGAAACAGCCUCUGCGAGUGCCGGGGGCAAAACAGAAAACCUUAGUAAAAUAUGAAGUAAACACUAAUUUUAAAAAGUAGAAAAGGAAAUGUUGUUGAUGAACUGCAAGAAUCAAAUCCCGAGGCAACGAAGGCACCGGGUACGUGGUUUCUGCGGGUCUGGGCGAUACGGGGGAGCAGAACCGUGUCCUGCGGCAGGAGGUGUGAGCUUCGGGGCGAACACCCGCUCCCCCCGUCACACACAGCAGAGGUCGCUGCGCCUCAUCUUAUUUCAAACUUUGAUUUGGAUUUUUCCAGCUGCGUUUUGUGUUUGUGUCAAUGCACCAUUUCUGACACACGAGCUGUUUAGUGCUCGUAAAACAAACGUGCGGUGAUUGCCACCCGGAGGGAGGAAAGUGCCUGCGCAGCUGGGCCAGCUCUGGCGUUCGCGGUCCCCCGGCCCAGUGCUGGCCCCGCUGUGCUGGCCCCGCUGUGCUGGCCCCGCUGUGCUGGCCCCGCUGUGCUGGCCCCGCUGUGCUGGCCCCAGUGACGGGGUCGCUGCUCCCCUGAGCCCCUUCUGUCACCCGUCAGGACAGGUGUGGAGUGUGCUGGGCAAUGGACGGGAAGGAGCCCGCGGGGCCUCUUCUCCAGAGGAAAAUGCACUUUACAUUUCUUGAACGUCUGCGGGCGCUUCCUUCCCCAGUCCUGCCUCGAGCACGCAGCUCGGCAGUAAGAGCCGGUCCUGAAGGGCCGGGGACCUUCUGUGGUCACACAGGCUCUUGCUGUGAGCAGCUCUGUAGUGAGAGCAAGGAGGUGACGGCACCUGCGAGCCUGGACCAGCUGUGACACAAACCUCCCCACCGGCUCGAUGUCACACCAGCGCUGCCUGUCCUGUCACAGCGGCUGUGACACCGUCCCCGCUGCGCAGAGCCCGCACCAGCACACUCGGGCCCUGUUCCGUCCCACUGCUCCUGUUCUCGCUCCCUCUGCCUGUGUGCAGCAGGAAAUGCAAGAACUGUUGCUGUGGGGAACGCAGAGGUGUUCUUUUAUUCACUAAUUGCUUGAAAGUGGGAGGUUUCUUUCUUCUUCACGUUCACGUUUUCAUGCUGUUUUGUUGGAGCGGGUGUCCAGCUUCGUCCCCAGCCGGUGUGGGCAGGAGGUGCAGAGCGCUGUCCCCGGGGCGCUGUCCCCCUGCCGUGUCCCUACCCCCCGUGCCAGGCUGGGGCCAGGCUGCUCACAGCACAUUUGCUGCAGCAACUCAAAUGCUUUUGUUCAAUUAAGGCACUUCUGCUGUUUCCAGUACCAGUAAAACGUUCUGUAAAACAAAAUCCACGUCCCUCUCCAGGGCAGGAGUGGGAGGAUCAAAACUCCCGCGUCUCCACUGAUGACGACGAGCAAAGUUCACCCAGCAGAGCCCCAGCACGCUCCGCACGUGAGCAGCGGCUCCGGGGAUCACCGUGUGCACCGGUGGGCAACGGGCAAGCCUGACUGUGGGUUUAGGCAGCACUGGGACUCCAGAGUGUGUUUCCACUCACGUGUUUAUUGGUUCUAUGAACCACAGAACGAAAUUAAACCUGUUAACCUCC